AGCGCCUCUUGUCUGGACGCUUGGUGAUCGUUUCGGCGCCCGCUCUUCCGCUGCUGUGCUUGCCCGUCCACGACGAGGCAGCGAACUGGGGUUGCUUCUUGCUCAAACGCCAGCUUCCCACUGCUGUUUGCCUCUGCAUUUUUCCUUUUCCUACCUUGUGGCCUUUGACUGCCUUUUCUUUUCGUUGGAUCUCAAUCGGACAAGAUGCUGGCCGGCCGAUCUAUCCUUGCUGUGCUGCUGGCGGCACAAUGCGCCAUGGCUGUGGUCAAGACGCUGCGCGAGCCCAUGGAUGAGUACGCGGCUGCUUUGCAAGCGACGCAUCGCGAGUGCACAGCCAUUUAUCAAGUAGACUUUGAAGCCCGCUAUACCACCCAGGGUAACGAUCUGGGUAUGCUGCCUGCGCAAGGCGUUGACACGACCGUCGUGUCCACCGACCCUGAGUAUGCCAACUUUGCCGACAUUAUGGCGAGCAACCCGGACGACUAUCCUGCUGGCGAAGCCAUCGGUGCCAAUCUUAUUGGCGAGCCCAAGAAGAAUGAUGUGGUUGCUCAGGCUUACGCUGCGUCGCAGUAUUCAGUCACUGCCCUCACCGAGGUCAACACGGCCACUCCCAUUGGCUAUCAACGCGACAUGAUUCACAUUUAUCAUUCAGUCUGUGUCAACUUUACAAACGUGGGCAAGCGUUGGGUGGAGAUUAUGGCACAAUCCCUGCAGUCGGAUCAGCAGAUCUGCGUGGCCGACUGGAACCGUCCCAAUCUGGCGGAGAACCCCAUCCAGGUCGCCUGUGGAAACGGCGAGCUCUUUGUGUGCCGUGACUCUGCCAACAGCAUCAACGCAGAUGGCUCUUACGCUGAUGAAAUGGGCAUCAAGUUCUUCUGCCAAGACUCGUGCGAUGAUCCCUACUUUGAGUUUUAUUGGCGCGUGGUAGCCAGCCAGAUUCGUCCCUACCGCAAUUCCAACGGCCGAUGGGAGCAGGGUGAUGGCGAGAACUGGUGCGGUAUGCGCGGCGGUGACGAUUACCCUCAAAGCCUCCUCCAGCCCUACCCUGAAAACUACGAUGCCCCUGCCGUCUUUCAAAAGUCGGUGUCCGGCGCUUCAUCCGUUUUCGUCUCGACGCUGCUGGCAGCGUCUCUUGCUCUUAUCGCCGCCGCCCUCUAUUAA